AUGGCUGAACAGAAGGAUGAAUUCGAUAGCAAGCGAGAGCAGGAAAAGCUCACACAAUAUCGCAGAGAACAGGAAGUUUUGGAAAAUAGAGUCCUCCUCGGUGACGAGAAGGCACGGUUAGGACUGGCCUGGAUGUAUGACCAACCAGCAAUAAUGGAGCCAGUAUGUUACUUUCUUUUGCAUCCCUUAUAACUCCAUUUAGGAAAAGGAACCCGAGAAGUCUGACGUCAAGUUCGAAUGGCAGCGGAAGUACAAUGCGCCGCGUGAAAGUUACUGUAAGAAUUCUGCAGACGUAACAGACCAGCCAUUCGGCAUUGAGGUCAGAAACGUUCGGUGUAUGCGCUGCAAGCAAUGGGGACACUUGAACACAGAUCGAAUUUGCCCCCUAUAUGGUCAGUCAUUUACACAGGAGCCCGUUGCCGGAUGCUCUCGUGGGCUGGACUUCGCCAAGAAAAAUCUUCGCCGGGAAGGUCUGGCCUUCAAGAAAUCUACAGAAGCCACUGGCCUUAACGAUAUUGUGUACAAAGCCAAACAAGCGUGUAGUGGGAACAAGGAUUUCGACCCAACGGCCGCCGAACAUGAUCUCACCGUGAAAUUUCUCAAGUCCUUAACGGAAAGGCAGCGUGAAAAGCUCCUCAGCAAGUUGUCCAAACUGUCUAACAGUGACAGUUCUUCCCACAAGCAUAAGAAAAAGCACUCUCGUUGA